AUGCGUUUCAUGGGCAGUGUGGCUGACGUGUUGACUGAAGCUGGACAUGAAGUGAUCGAGCUCCGCCCCGUCCUCAAUCCAUCACUUCUCGGGCAAAAAUUCUCGAAGACAAAGAAAAUCCACACCAUUGACGUAGACCCACUCGUGCUCAGCAUGAAUAACCGUCUCAUCAACCCGGGCGGUAUAUAUCCGAAACUCUGGGAGAUGGAGGCGACUCCAAUGGGAAUGAUUGAACUCUUCUCCUACCUCGGCAGUAUGUUCGCCGCUCAGUGUGACGCGGUGAUCUCCAAUUCGACCAUUCUCCGCGAGUUGCGCGAUGAGCAUUUUGACAUCGGAAUCAACGAGGGUUUCGAUUUUUGCGGUUUCGGUCUUUUCGAGGCGAUUGGUGUGAAAAAGGUGGUCGCUGCGAGCACAACGAUCAUGUAUGAUCAUCAGGCACAAAUGCUGGGCGUGCCCACCGCACCGAGCUAUGUUCCCGGUGGAAUGUCCCCAUCAAUGGACAACAUGACGUUUUUCGAGCGACUGGCAAAUGGUCUUGGAACGAUUAUCGGAAGUUAUGCUUUCGCUGGAUGUGUCGACCGGACGACUGCCGUUUUCCGCAAACGUUUUGGAGCUGACUUCCCGAGCAUGCAGGAGCUCUUCUCCCUCUCAGCCAUCAUGAUCACAAACAGUCAUCCCCUUGUCGAUUUCCCGCAUCCGCUUAUCUCAAAAGUCGUCGAGAUCGGCGGAAUCGGCAUCAAGAACGAAAAGAAAAAACUGCCAUCGCACUGGAACUCGAUUUUGAAUCAAAAAGGGCAAACGGUGUUGAUCUCGUUCGGCUCGGUGAUCCAGGCAAAGGACAUGCCGGUGGCGAUGAAAACGAGCAUUCUGGAGACCGCGAGGAGUAUGCCAGAUGUUCAAUUCAUCUGGAAAUACGAGGAGGACGAUAUUCUCAACGCGCCGGAGAAUCUGAUUUUGAGCAAGUGGACACCGCAAGCCGAGCUAUUAAAAGACUCACGACUUUCGCUUUUCGUCACCCACGGCGGAUUGGCGAGUUGCUACGAGUCGUCGCACAGUGGGACCCCGAUGGUAAUCGUUCCCCUAUUCGCGGAUCAACCGCGAAACGCGAUGAUGAUGCGGAGACACGGCGCUGCCGCGCAAUUCAACAAACACGAGCUGGGAAACGCGCGGAAGUUGAGCGAAACGAUUAAGAAUGCACUCAAAGAUAAUAGCUAUUCGACGAACGCGAGACGUCUCUCUUCACUCCUGAAGAGCGCCCCAUUCUCCCCAAAAGAGCUCCUCGUGAAAAAUGUGGAAUUCGUCGGAGAAUUCGGUCGCCUCCCCGAAAUGGAACCAUUUGGCCGAAAGCUUUCCUUCAUCGAAUAUUUCAUGAUCGACGUGAUCGCUUUCGUCUCUUUCAUCCUCCUCUUCACACUCAUUGUCUCAACUUUUGUCGUUUACAAACUCAUCUCGAUGAUUUCUUGCCGACUUCGCCCGAUUCUCAAGGCAAAAUUGCAU